AUGGGGGAAAAUGAAGAUAGAAUGCAUCCUUUUGAUAUAAAUAUGCCCUACAAUUCCCCGAGUACUCCAGUAGAUUAUAGCCCAUUUUCUGAUUCAUUUGAGCAUAUGCCACCUUAUAUGUCCUACCACCCUCCGCCGAGUAAUCCAGAUGACUUGAGGCAAGAAGUGCCCCCGACGUCAAUUGUGCCAACCGAUACCACAUUUGAACAAAAUCUUGGAAGUACAUCACGGAUGACUGCUGAAAGUUGUCUUGAUGCCGAUGACAUGGUCUUCGACAUAAAUGAAUAUUUAGAGGGUACCACUGUUGUCGAUGAUGAUGAAGUACGAGUUGAAGCACCAAGAUCUGGGAUGGAAUUUGACAGUAUGAAAGAUCUUACAGCCUACUAUAAGCAGUAUGCGAAGCAAGAGGGUUUUGGUGUACGGACACAAAGGACUAGGAAAGAUGAUGAAGGGAGGCCUGUGUACGUGACUGUUGGUUGUGCCCGUGGCGGAAAGUACAAUCCUACGAACAAUAAUAUCUCGAAGCCACGACCAACAACUAGAACGGAUUGUAAAGCGAGAGUAAAUGCGACAUUGAGCAAGAAUGAUAAAUGGGUUUUCACCACUGUUGAAAAUGUGCACAACCACAUAACUGUGAGCCCCAAGAAGACAAGAUUCUUGCGAUCUCACAAACAUCUAGAUGAAUACAGUCAAAGGAUCCUCGACCUAAAUGAUCGAGCCGGUAUACGAAUGAACAAGAAUUUUUAUUCUCUUGUCGUUGAUGCGGGGGGUUUUGAGAAUCUUCAGUUUCAAGAGAAAGAUUGUCGGAAUUUCAUUGACAAGGCUCGACAUUUAAGGUUGGGUAAAGGUGGUGGCGAAGCACUUAAUCAGUAUUUCCAAAGAAUGAGAGAUCGGAAUGAUGGGUUCGUUUCUAACAUGGACUUGGAUGAUGAGGGAAGGUUACGAAAUGUAUUUUGGGCUGAUGCUCGGAGUCGAGCGGCGUAUGAGUAUUUCGGAGACGUAGUAACAUUUGAUACAACGUACCUAACAAAUAGGUACGGGAUGCCUUUUGCGCCAUUCGUUGGUGUUAAUCAUCAUGGUCAGUCCAUAUUAUUAGGAGCGGGAUUGCUUUCAAACGAGGACACUGAAACUUUUGUGUGGUUGUUCCGAAUGUGGUUGGAUUGUAUGAAUGGUCGGGCGCCCAAAGCCAUGAUAACCGACCAAGAUCGGGCAAUGAAGAGUGCUAUUGCCAUUGUAUUCCCUGAAACUCGUCACAGAUAUUGUUUAUGGCAUAUAAUGCGCAAACUUCCAGAGAAGUUAGGAUCUCAUGCGCAAUUCAAUGCGGGGUUGAAGACUGACCUUCAUACUGCAUUAUAUGACUCACAUACCAGCGGUGAAUUUGAGGAGAGCUGGGGUCAAGUAAUUACGAAGUAUGAUCUCCACGGCAAUAAAUGGCUUCAAUCCUUAUAUGAGGAAAGGUCUUUUUGGGUUCCAGCUUACUUGAAAAGUGUAUUCUGGGCUGGAAUGAGCACAACACAAAGGUCGGAAAGCAUGAAUGCAUUUUUCGAUGGGUAUGUCCAUUCCGGUACCACGUUGAAGGAAUUCGUCGACCAAUUUGAUAAUGCUCUUAGAAAGAAGGUGGAGUUAGAGACAAUGGCUGAUUUCAAUUCUAACAACCAAACUAUUCCCUGCGUGUCCCAUUUUAAUAUUGAGAAGCAGUUCCAAAGGUUAUAUACAAAUGCAAAGUUCAAAGAAGUACAAAGAGAAUUACUGGGCCUAAUGUGUUGUAAUUGUUCGUUGGUAAGCACAGAAGGGUGCAUUUUAAAAUACCAAGUGUUGGAUGAAAUAUCUACUGAUGACCACAUCAAAACCUUGGAUUUCUGUGUUUACUAUAACGAAGAGGAGGUGGAGGUCAAAUGCACGUGUGCACUGUUUCAGACGAGGGGGAUUCUAUGUAGGCAUGCACUUAGAGUUUGUCAGUUGAAAAAGAUUAAUGUGCUGCCAAAUGUAUAUGUGUUGGAUCGUUGGAGAAAGGACUUAAAGAGGACAUACACAUUAGUCAGAAGCAGUUACGAUGACCAGCGGGACAGAGCAGAUGCACGGAAUUAUGAGCGGGUGCUUAAAAGAUGUUCAAAAUUAGCCACCAAAAUAUCCUCUGAUAAUGAAAAAAUCAGUGCUUUCUUGCGUGUUGUUGAUGAGUUUGAGACAAAAUGUGAAGGUUCAACACUAGAGUCGGCAUAUGAACAAACGAAGGCCAAAGCAAAUGUCGUCUUGGAUAAGGGUAAGAAGAUACGAAGCCCCAACGUGGUUCGAGGGAAAGGGAGACCCCCAAGUAAGAGGAAGGUUCCACCAGUGGAAAAGUUGGCAACAAAGAGAAAGAAAUCGACUUCCAGGAAAAUCUUGGUAGAUGAAACACAAUUGGGUGAGACAUCGGGAUCUGAACAACACCAAUUUGAUGAUGGGGUUGAUGUUGGAACACAAAACAGCAUUUUUACACAAUCAACUGCAGAGAUCUGCCGCCGGGAAUGA